CCUCCGAUUUUGCCUUUGAAUUUAUUUCAUCCCAUUGUGUAGCCUGGAGAUCUCAGCCUGGGAAGCAGAGAGACCUUUGGCUUUGGGAAGGUAGAGGGAAACAACACGGAUCCUGCUCUCCAACAAGUUUGCAUCAUCUUUCUUUUCUUUGCAAGAAGAAGAAAAGCAUCAGAGCCAGGUCGGAGGGAGAGAAGCCAGGAUCAUUCGCAAUUGGAGUUGUGUUGGAAAUGACCCCUCGGGACCCUCUCAGUGCCAUUCUGGGCGCUUGGGAGCUCCUCUUCCUCCUUGUUGCCCCUCUCUCCGGCCAGCUGUGCCCAGUCCCUUGCGAGUGCUCAGAACCGGCCCGCACUGUGAAGUGUGUCCAGAAAGAGCUGACUUCCAUCCCAGCUGGCAUUCCUGGAUAUACCCGCAACCUCUUCAUAACCGGCAACCAGAUCGCCCACAUCGGCAGCCAGGAUUUCAAGGGGCUACCAAAUUUGGUCACGCUCUCUCUGGCCGGCAAUAGGAUUAACACCAUAGAGUCACAGGCCUUCUCUACUCUCCAGAGCCUGCGUUACUUGGACCUGAGUCAUAAUCUUUUGGCUGCCAUCCACCCCAAUGCUUUCAGUGCUAGGAACAACUCCAUCCGAGAGCUGAACCUCAGCCACUCGCUAUGCAACUCCUCUGCCAUCCGCCCUGUAGCAAAUGCCCUGGCCCAGGGGGGCUUCCAGAACCUCUCCAGGCUGGAACUCCCCAGCAAUGAAAUUGUCUACUUGCCACGCGGCAUGUUCUCCACCCUCUCCAAGCUUGAGCAUUUAGACUUGAGGAAUAAUUCCUUGGUGGACAUAAAGAACUCCACCUUUGUUGGCCUUGAUCUUAAGUACCUUGAUUUGACCUCAAAUUCCUUCAAGACCCUGAGGAGGGAAGCAUUGUCUGCCCUCAGGAGGCAAUCGCACCUCCGCCUCUUCCUGAAGGACAACCCGUUUGUAUGCAACUGUGACAUAGAAGACCUGGUGAACUGGCUGAACCAGAGCCGGCUGGUGGUGGAUGUGGAGAAGUUAGCUUGUGCCUUCCCACAGGAACUGAAAAAUGCCUCCCUGAUGGAAUUGGCUGGGGCAGAUCUGGAGUGCCACACCAGCCAGCAUGGUGAAAAUGUUCUUCAGACAUCCUACACCGCUUUAGGUGCAGUCCUAGGGGUCAUUGGUGUCAUCUUCCUCUUUGUGCUUUACUUGAACCGUAAGGGUAUCAAGACAUGGAUGAACAGCAUGAGGGAUACCUGCCAGAAUCUGAUGGAGGAGUAUCAGUAUCGCUACGAAAUAGACUCUAAUCGCCACAUCACGCAGGUUUCGGCACUGGAUGUAUAAUGCUGUUGAUAACUUGGGGGGGGGGCUUUCCAAUGUUCCUUUGCUGUGUCUAUCAGGGACCCUGAACUGAUGGCACCCAUAGUUUUUGGAAGUGGGCCAUUUAGAAAUGCCUUCUCUGCCGUUGAAAACCCAAGCCAAUUAAGAUGGAGGGACCUGUGGAUUAAAACUCUGAUUGUGAUCUCAAAGAGCCUCCUUUUACAUUCAUCCUUAACAUUCUGCAGGUGGUUUGGCUAAUUUGAAACUCAAAAGGAAGAGCAUAUUGCAGUUCUAGGAGCCAGCUCUGCAGAGAACUGAAAGAAAAUUUCACCAUUCUGAUGGGAUGUGCCGUCACCAAAACGUUUAGCCUCCUGGAGGAGGAGUCUGGAAUCUUAUCCUGUUGAGUCUUAAAUAUUCUGGGGAGUCUAUUUUUGUCCCAUU